AUGGUGGUGACCGGGAGGCCCACGAAGAGGCUGGUCAAGCGGCGCGUAACCGCCGAUCUGAGCGAUUUCCUCGCCUUCCCAACCUCCGGUGACCUGGCCUCGCUCGCCGCUGCCGGGAAGCCGUUCAGGACGGCGGUGAGGGACUUCCUGACGAACCACGCGCUCCUCCCGCCCCCGUCGUCGCUCUUCCCCCACCUGCUGACCUGGCAGGUCCUCUUCCGCGUCGGCGACGUCGCUGGGGACGACGGCGGUCCCGCCGUCGUCUGCCUCGACGUCGUGGAGGAGGAUGUCGCCAGAUCCAGAUCCGUUUACUGCGACCAGUGCCGUGUCGUGGGAUGGAGUAGUAAUCCAGUGAGUGCAAAGCGCUACCAUUUCAUAAUUAAGGCCGAUGGGAACUCCAUUGCUGGCUAUAACAAAACUUGUGCUGGUUGUGGCGAGUCCCUUCAUAUGUCUGAUUCCAGGUGCAAGUCAUGCAAUCACAUCAUGACCACUGAGGAUGUCGAGGACUGGAUGUAUCAGCAGCUCGAGAACACAACCCAUCUGCUGCACGGCGUGAUUCACGCCAACGGCUAUGGCCAUCUUCUUAGAGUCAAUGGCAGGGAAGGCGGGUCCCGCAUUCUGUCUGGACGUCACAUAAUGAACUUCUGGGACCGUCUUUGCACAAUGCUCGGUGCCAGAAAAGUCAGUGUGAUGGAUGUGUCCAAGAAAAACGGGCUGGAUUUCAGGCUGCUUCACGCGGUUGUCAAGGGCCACCCGUGGUAUGGGGAGUGGGGCUACAGGUUUGGUGCCGGCAGCUUCUCGUUGACCCUCGAGGACUACAGGACAGCUGUCGCGAGCCUGUCCUCUCUGCCCCUGGCUGUGUUCCUAUCUCAGGGGAGAAUGCCCCGGACCUGCCUUCAGGACCUGAUCUCCUUCUACCAGUCCGUGUCGGAGCACGAGCUCCUGAAUGUCCAAGACCUCUUCACUUUCCUGAUGAAUUUGAUUCACGAUGUUCGUCACAAGGCCCACCUCAGACAGGAUGAGUCUGUCCCGUGCAAGAAGCAGAGGACUUGCGACUCGAGGGCCUUGUGUUCUUGGACAGUCGUUGACGUAAGGCGGGUGGAGGAGGCCAUGUUCAAGGUAUUACGUGCUGUGAGUGGGUCCACCUGGGUCAGCUGGCGUGCUCUCAAAGGUGCCGUCUGCAGGGCGGGCAGCCCCGAGCUUUUGGAUUACUGCCUGAAGGAAUUGAAGGGGAAACAGGCAGUUCCAGGUUUGGUUGUUGCUGCCCGUUGCGUCUCUGAUUCUGGCGCCAUGGAGUACAGGCUCGAACCAGGAAGUGCAUCCACACCACAGGUGGUGGUCAACAACUCUCCGAACAACUCACAUGAAAGCCCAAACCACCCGUCCGAAGAACGUCUUCUCCGGGACCUCAAAUAUCUAUACGAGUGCAUGCUCCACCCAUCAACAAUGACCCCACACGUGCCCCCUUCCAAGCGAAACACCGCACUCAGCUCGGCCGUGAAAAUCCUCGACUGCAAGCAGUUUGUGAAGGAGUAUCACCUCCCGGACAAUUUCCUCUCCUCAUUUCCUCCCAAGCAAAACACUGUCCACCUUCUAUGCGAGAUCGACCUAACCGAACAACAGCAGCACGAGGAAUGCAACUGCAAUCCCCCACCUGAGCUCCUCGUCCUCUUGCCCAGUGCCACAAUUGCCGACCUUAAGAAUGAGGCCAUGAAGGCCUUUCAGGACGUGUACCUGAUGUUCAAAAGGUUCCAGGCGGACGAGUUGGUCGGGUACGGUGGUGUGGACGAGUCGACUCAGGUGAAGCUGCUGUUGGGGUCGACCGAGCGUGUUCGGAUUCGGGGAAGGUUUCUGGGGAAAAACGGGUUGGGCAGGUUUAGGAUGGAGAGGGGAAUCGAUAGGUGGGUCGUGGACUGCUUGUGUGGGGCCCGGGAUGAUGACGGGGAGCGAAUGCUGGCCUGCGAUGUUUGUAGCAUAUGGCAGCACACGAGGUGUGCUGGGAUUCUUGAUUCCGAUUGUGUGCCGGUCAAGUUUUUAUGCUACAGGUGUAGGAGUGUGGCCCGGACAACGGCGAAGCCCAAUGGGCUGUGCAGGAAUGAGGUGGUGGAUGGUGAUAAUGCCGGGAUGGGUAUGGGCUUGUCCAACACUGGGGUUUUGUAA